GAUGUUCUUUGUUUACAAAAUACUCUAUACUUGAUUCACAUGUCGGACACGAAACUCAGAACACUGUCUCUAUCUCCAUCUCUAAUCUCUUUUUAUCUUUCUGGUACGAUCAUACGGUACGGAUCGUUCUCCUCAAUCUUCACGAAUCACGCUUGUCUUCCCUCUAUCGAACUUUUUGACUUGUCCCUUCAGUUCUGACCCGCAAAUUAGUUUCCUUUCAAAUCAUCCAACUGCUUGUUUUAUUUUCCACAAUUCUUAUACAGAACAGAACUGUUUGAUCGUAUUGUAGAAAAUAUAUUGCAAAGCAAAAAAAAAAAAAAAAAAUCAAUAAGAAAACUUUGAGAUUCUGAAUAAUCAGAUAUGGGGUCGUUGAAGACGGAUGAGGAAGUGGACCAGAUUGGAGAGGGUUCCAAGGAAGCGAUUCUGUAUGUCAAUGGAGUUCGUAGAGUGUUGCCUGAUGGCUUGGCUCAUUUAACCCUCCUUGAGUACCUCAGAGAGAUUGUUGGUCUGACGGGGACAAAGCUUGGCUGCGGUGAAGGUGGUUGUGGAGCUUGCACUGUCAUGGUUUCAUAUUAUGACGAGAAACUGAAGAAAUGUCUGCACUAUGCUAUCAAUGCAUGCUUGGCUCCUUUGUAUUCUGUGGAAGGGAUGCAUGUAAUCACAGUGGAAGGAGUGGGAAACAGCAAGGGUGGCCUACACCCGAUUCAAGAAUCGUUGGCGCGUUCUCAUGGUUCACAAUGUGGAUUUUGCACCCCUGGUUUUAUUAUGUCCAUGUAUGCGUUACUAAGGUCGAGUCAAACCCCACCUAGUGAAGAGCAGAUUGAAGAAUGCCUUGCAGGAAACUUGUGUCGGUGUACAGGUUACAGACCGAUUGUUGAUGCAUUUCGAGUAUUUGCCAAAACUGAUGAUAUGCUGUAUACUGAGGCAUCUUCCCUAAGCCUUCAAGAACACGAGUUUGUCUGCCCUUCUACUGGUAAGCCCUGCUCGUGUAGAUCGAAGACUGAAAGCAACAACAACAAAUGCAGUUUGGGACAAGGUACGGUUUGUAUGGAGAGGUUUCGACCAGUCUCAUAUAGUGAGAUAGAAGGAAGCAAAUACACAGACAAAGAACUUAUUUUUCCUCCUGAACUUCUAUUGAGAAAAUCAAGUCCUUUGAAUUUGAGUGGAUUUGGUGGGCUUAGGUGGUUUCGACCCUUAAGACUUCAACAUUUACUUGAAUUGAAAGCAAAAUAUCCGGAUGUGAAGUUAUUGGUUGGUAAUUCUGAAGUAGGAAUUGAGAUGAGGUUGAAGAGAAUGGACUAUCGGGUUUUGAUCUUUGUUAUGCAUGUACCUGAACUCAAUGCAUUGAAUGUGAAGGAUGACGGCAUAGAGAUAGGUGCAGCAGUAAGACUAUCUGAACUCAUGAAAGUUUUUAGAAGGGUCAUAGCAGAGCGUGCUGCUCAUGAAACUAUUGCUUGUAAGGCCUUUCUUGAACAGUUAAAAUGGUUUGCUGGGACACAGAUUAAAAAUGUUGCAUCGGUUGGUGGGAAUAUAUGUACAGCUAGUCCGAUAUCAGACCUGAACCCUUUGUGGAUGGCUGCUAGAGCAGAGUUUCAAAUUACUGACUGCAAAGGAAACACUAGAACAACCCCAGCAGAAAAUUUUUUCCUUGGUUACCGUAAAGUGGAUCUAUCAAGGAAUGAAAUUUUGCAGUCAAUAUUCUUACCAUGGACUAGACCUUUUGAGUUUGUGAAAGAAUUUAAGCAGGCUCAUCGAAGGGAGGAUGACAUUGCAAUUGUAAAUGCUGGAAUUCGUGUUUUUCUUGAGCAAAGGGGUGAAAAUCAGGUUGUUACAGAUGCAUCUAUUGUUUAUGGUGGCGUUGCUCCGCUUUCUCUUUCUGCAAGAACAACGAAGGAGUUUCUCAUUGGAAAGCUUUGGAACCAGGAGUUACUUGAGGGUGCUUUGAAAGUCUUGCAGAAGGACAUUUUGAUCAAGGAUGACGCUCCUGGUGGAAUGGUGGAGUUUAGGAAAUCUUUAACUCUUAGCUUUUUCUUUAAAUUCUUUCUGUGGGUUUCUCACCAAAUUGAUGGAGCACAAUGCAAUAAGAAAAGUGUUCCAUUAUCCUAUCAAUCUGCUGUAGAAUCAUUCCACCGGCCCCCCGUUAUAGGAAGUCAAGAUUAUGACAUUACAAGACAUGGAACGGCCGUGGGUUCCCCUGAGGUUCAUCUGUCAUCAAGACUUCAGGUUACAGGGGAGGCAGCAUACGCUGACGACACACCGCUGCCUCCUAACGGUCUGCAUGCUGCUUUAGUACUGAGCAAAAAACCUCAUGCCCGUAUACUUUCAAUAGAUGAUUCGGGAGCAAAAUCUUUGCCUGGUUUUGUCGGGAUAUAUUUUACUGACAGUAUUCCUGGUGAUAAUAAGAUUGGAGCAGUUAUUGCGGAUGAGGAACUAUUCGCUUCAGAAUAUGUUACUUGUGUAGGUCAGGUUAUUGGAGUUGUUGUUGCUGAUACACAUGAAAAUGCAAAGCUAGCGGCAAGAAAGGUUCAUGUUGAGUAUGAAGAGUUACCGGCAAUCUUAUUGAUACAGGAUGCCAUCAAUGCUAAAAGUUUCCUCCCUAACACUGAAAAGUGGAUGAGGAAAGGGGAUGUUGAUCUAUGUUUUCAAUCUGGGCAAUGUGAUAAGGUCAUAGAAGGGGAGGUUCAUGUGGGAGGACAGGAACACUUCUACUUGGAGCCGAAUAGCAGUGUGAUAUGGACAAUGGAUGGUGGAAACGAAGUUCAUAUGAUUUCAUCCACACAAGCCCCACAGAAGCAUCAGAAAUAUGUUUCCCAUGUUCUUGGCCUACCAAUGUCAAAAGUAGUUUGUAAAACCAAGCGCAUUGGUGGUGGUUUUGGUGGAAAGGAGACGAGAUCAGCCUUCAUUGCUGCUGCAGCUUCUGUCCCAUCAUAUCUAUUGAAUCGCCCCGUCAAAAUUACGUUAGACCGUGAUACAGACAUGAUGAUAUCUGGCCAACGACAUAGCUUUUUUGGCAAAUACAAGGUUGGAUUCACAAAUGGUGGAAAAGUGCUGGCAUUGGACCUUGAAAUAUAUAAUAAUGCUGGAAAUUCACUAGACCUGUCUCUUGCUGUGCUUGAACGUGCUAUGUUCCACUCGGAUAAUGUUUAUGAGAUACCAAACGUGAGGAUCAUGGGAAGGGUGUGCUUCACUAACAUCCCUAGUAACACUGCCUUUCGAGGCUUUGGUGGUCCUCAAGGAAUGCUUAUUACGGAAAAUUGGAUACAAAGAAUUGCUGUUGAGCUCAAGAAAAGCCCAGAAGAAAUUAGGGAAAUUAAUUUUCAAGGUGAAGGAUCGGUAUUGCAUUAUGGCCAACAACUUCAACACUGUACUCUGGCCCAGGUCUGGAAUGAGCUAAAGUUAUCUUGUGAAUUUUCGAAAGCUCGCGAAGAAGUUGACCAAUUUAAUUCUCAUAAUCGGUGGAAAAAGCGUGGUAUUUCCAUGGUUCCCACAAAAUUUGGCAUAUCCUUUACAUUAAAGCUUAUGAACCAGGCAGGUGCUCUUGUUCAUGUCUAUACUGAUGGUACGGUUUUAGUCACACAUGGGGGCGUCGAGAUGGGUCAAGGUUUACAUACCAAAGUUGCUCAGGUUGCUGCUUCUGCCUUCAACAUCCCCCUCAGUUCUGUCUUCAUAUCAGAGACAAGUACGGACAAGAUUCCCAACGCAUCACCAACGGCAGCUUCUGCGAGUUCCGAUAUGUAUGGAGCAGCGGUUUUGGAUGCCUGUGAGCAAAUUAAGGCACGCAUGGAGCCCAUUGCUGCAAAGCAUAAUUUCAGCUCUUUUGCUGAGCUAGCGAGUGCAUGCUAUGUUGCUCGAAUCGACCUUUCUGCUCACGGAUUUUACAUCACACCCGACAUUGGCUUUGACUGGGUGACUGGUAAGGGGAACCCAUUCAGGUACUUCACCUAUGGGGCUGCAUUUGCCGAGGUUGAGAUUGACACGUUGACCGGAGAUUUCCACACUAGAGUGGCAAAUGUUAUUUUGGACCUUGGACAUUCUCUCAAUCCAGCCAUUGAUGUUGGGCAGAUUGAAGGAGCUUUUAUACAAGGAUUGGGGUGGGUAGCUUUAGAAGAACUGAAGUGGGGUGAUCCAGCUCAUAAGUGGAUCCCACCUGGAUAUUUAUACACGUGUGGCCCUGGGAGUUACAAAAUUCCUUCUCUAAAUGAUGUUCCCUUCAAAUUCAAUGUUUCCCUCCUCAAGGGGCAUCCGAACGUGAAGGCUAUCCAUUCAUCUAAAGCUGUUGGAGAGCCCCCAUUCUUCCUGGCUUCAGCAGCGUUUUUUGCCAUCAAAGACGCCAUUGCAUCUGUGAGGGCAGAAGUAGGGAACAACGACUGGUUUCCUCUCGACAAUCCGGCGACACCCGAAAGAAUACGCAUGGCAUGUUUAGAUCAAUUCACUGAACCCUUCAUUGGUGCCAGUUUCCGGCCGAAGCUUAGCGUUUAAUAAUUUCCGGUCGCCGCCCGUCUUUUCCGUAGUUUAAUGUUGGCAUAUGUUAUUAUGCUGUACAGAUUCCGACCUCACAGAAUAUUGGAAAAUAAAGUAUGCUGAAACCAGCAUGCAGUACAUACAAACAAUUAAUAAAGUCAUGAUUAUCAAAAAUUAAAUAUAAAAUCUUUAGUUUAAGCGAAGUAAAAGCAUCAGCAACAAACAAUAGCGAAUAAAAAGUCCUUCCGUUCUAAUUGGCGUCUAUUUGCCUUAAUCUCUGAGCUCACCAGAAAUUCCAUGCUAAAUGU